AAAUCCAAGGUACUGCCAAGACCGAUGGUGUCGCCGCCCUAGAAAACGACCUCAAUAUAUUUGAAAAGAAAUCCAAGAUUCCUGUAGACCUGGACUGGCAUGUAUAUUCAUCGCCAAAUACUCAUAUCCGCUGGUACACGGAGCUGUUGAAGGCAUGGAGGAAAUCAAAACCAUCGGAUCCUAAACAAGCUACCAAGCUUGUAUAUGACACCCUGCAUAGUAUCCACGAAUAUGGCGUUCAUUUUGAUGAUAUGGAGGGCUUCUUGCACUUUUACGGGCUUCCUCAUUAUUCCUUAGUGAUAAAACCCUCGCCGUAUGAUGAACCUUCAUGGGUUACUCCUCUUGCUCCAGCUCCACCGGUUUGGGAAAGGAAACCAGUGUUCAAGUUGUCAACACUUCCUGUAAGAAGAAACUUUUGCAACAUCCACAGUUUUUUCAAACCCCGAUUUUUUAUUAGCUUUGCAAAUCAGGUGCUAGGGGAAAGAGUAACUAAUGGGGUGGUCUUCAGUGUCUCUGUUGAGGUUAAGGAUUUCUAUCUUUUACCCCAAGAGAUACUAUUCGCUGUAAGUGAGCGUCGUAAAGCACAGGCCACGGGGGACAAUGAUCGGGCCCGUGAAAUGAUGCAUAAAAUUAAUGCUACACAAGACUAUGAGGUAUUGUAUCUCGACGAUGAGGGAUAUCUGGCCAAAAAGUACGAGAUCAAGCUAAGGGGUGUAUGUGCGCCCAUGAAUGGACGGAGUGGGCGUAAGGUUAGGCGUGAGCUCGAAAUGUUGGUCGAUGGCAAGUGUUUGACGAUUUCAGUCUACAAUUUAGAUGAAGAAAAGCGCUGUGUUGCAGAAGUUUACUCCGACCACAAACAUCUACAGGGUAUAUUGUUGAAUAAUGCAACUGAAGUGCCUUGGGGGUGGAAGGCAGAGUGCUAGCGGGUUUAAAGUUGUUCCCAAGCAGGCAAAUGGAGGGUGGAGAAUUACUGAAUUCUCAAUAUAAGUUAUGAAAGAAGAUAAGAUCAAGUGAAGCUAGGAGAACUAACUCAACCUUUGUAUUUUCCAUUUAAUAAUAGUUAUCGAUAGCGAACAUAGCGUUCGCUAUCGCGCGCUUCGUAGUUAACCAUAUCUCGCAAUAUGUUACUUAGCGAAUCGAAAGCGUGAUUAUAGCGGGAUUCCGACCACGAAUUCCGGCUCCGGUGUUGUAAUAAUUGCCAGAAACCUACCGGAAGUCGGGAAGAAGAAGAAGAGAAGAAGAAGAGUGGCUCUGUUAUGUGUUUUAGCUUUUUAGGGUUAAAUAACUUUUUGGAUUUUAACCUUUAAACCGUCUAUCUUUUCACUAAUUAACAUUAGUCCCAAAAACUUGUACAAAUUUACAUAAAAGUGUCAAACUAAUUUGUAUAUUUUAACAUUUAACCUCCUCUAUUAUCACUAGUAUACAUUUGGUUCUUAAACUUCAAAAUCUAUACAUAAAAAGUAUAAAAUUAACAUCUAUCUAUUAUACUAAAUGAAUUCUCUUAGGCCACAUGGGCUAUUCUUAGCCAAUCAUUUUGAUGAUGUGGACAACCUCUUAAGCCAGAGAAUUCCUCUUGGGCGCCAAUCUCUUUUCCUAAUCUACUUCUCACGUACGUUUCUUCCCACUACAUCUUUCUCUUCUUUCCCCAUUUUUCUUUAACCCUAGCCCUCAAUCAGUCACGAAAUCUUCUCCUCUCCUUUUUCUUUCGCUAUUUUGAAUCGGAAUCAUCUAUCUAUAAGAUCUUUCUUCAAUCAGUAUUACUUCCUUCGUUUUAUGUUAUUCACAGAUCCCAGGCAGAACAUCAUCUUCGUUGGGUAAGUGUUUAAAUGAUUUUAUGUUCUUCAGUCGUUUUGAUUAUCAACGCUUUUGGUUAUUUGUUAUGAAUGUUUUGAUCUCCUAUAUAAGCUGUUUCUUUUUUGUUAUUUAAUAUCGU